AUGUCAAAAAGAAUUAAUUCAAGAAUUUACGUUAUUGAUUUUCUUAAAUUAUUCUCUCGAUUGGAAUAUAUUUGCGGAAAUGUUGAUUUACAAUUAGAACAUGCUCUAAAAUUAACAACGAGAGAUUUAAAACACAUUGAUGGUCUAUUGAUUGAUUCCAUUCCACAAAUGUACAAUUUAAUUAGAACAUUUCCAAAAUAUGAAACUGUUUCGUUUUGUUAUGAUAUUUUCAGACAUAGUGACAUGUUGGAAACUCAGCUACCUGUUUUUAUAAGUCGAUUUAUGAAAAAUACAAUGAGGAAACUAAUUUUAAAUAAUGUAUAUAUUAAUUCAACAGAUUUACAAAGUAUCUUUAAACAGUGCCCUAAAUUGACUUGCCUCUCUUUGCAUAGUAAUUUGGAUAUGAGAUUUCAGGAUAAUUUUAAUGAGAGAAGUGAAAAGAGACCUCCAUAUUUUGAUUUGUCUCACAUUCCACAGAAUAGAAUUGAACAUUUGUAUCUGAAUGGUAAAAUGUUUCUUGGUGUUGAUAAGUGCAUUGAGAGUAGUCACUUUUCACUUCAGGAAUUAUGUCUACAAUGCGGUGGCUUGACAAUUGGAGAUGUUUUAACCAAGAUUUCAAAUGUGGAAUUUCCAAAACUGAGAAUAUUGAAAUUAUUUGGGCAUGAUAUUAUCAAUGAUGAUGCAGCAACAUGCAUGUGGAUUAACUUGUACAAAUCUUGUCCAAACCUGGAACAUGUGGCCAUUACCAAGCUAUUCAAAGAAGUGGAAUGUCAAACAUUAAUGGAUCAUUGCAAAAAAUUGAAAAAGAUUGAAGUGGAUGGGUUUGAAAAUGAUAAUUGUUUGGAUAUUUGUAGAUUUAUUCUUUAUUAA